AAAUUGAAUCAAUUUGUAUCGUGAAGUGGCCAUUGUUAUCACCGGACAGAGCUGACCCAAGCAGUCGAGAUAUACAUACACAGAGUUGUUGAGUUGUUUGAUUACGAAGUAAAGACUGAAUCAGAGAGAGACAAGGUGAAACAGAAGUGGGUAAAGUAACAAUAAUGAAUCUUUAUUCACACCGCUGCAGUAUUAAUAACAUUUCACUGUUGCUCUGUCAUUGAAAUGAAAUGAAUGGAGUAAAAGACACCAUCUUUAACCCUUUUUCAUCGGAUCUCACCGGCAGAUCCGUUUUAUAAUGGACCCUGCCAUCUCUCGACCCGCUAUUGUUAUUGAUAAUGGCACUGGGUACACGAAAAUGGGGUUUGCUGGGAAUGUUGAGCCGUGUUUUAUUCAACCCACAGUUGUGGCUGUUAAUGAAUCUUUCGUGAACCAGCCGAGAAGUAAUGUUAAGAACAAUAAUUGGUUAGCGCAGCAUAGUGCGGGGGUGAUGGCUGAUCUUGAUUUCUUUAUUGGUGAUGAAGCGGUUUCGAAGGCGAGAUCUAGUAAUACUUAUAAUCUUAGCUUUCCUAUUAAGCAUGGUCAGGUCGAUAAUUGGGAUGCAAUGGAAAGGUUUUGGCAGCAGUGUAUUUUUAAUUAUUUGCGGUGUGAUCCCGAGGAUCAUUAUUUUCUUUUGACGGAAAGUCCGCUGACUGCACCCGAGAGUCGGGAGUAUACUGGCGAAAUUAUGUUUGAGACGUUUAAUGUUCCUGGACUUUAUAUAGCAGUGCAGCCGGUGCUUGCUUUAGCAGCAGGGUAUACUACCUCUAAGUGUGAGAUGACAGGAGUUGUAGUAGAUAUAGGUGAUGGGGCUACCCAUGUUGUACCCGUUGCAGAUGGUUAUGUUAUUGGCAGUAGCAUUAGGUCAAUUCCUCUUGCUGGGAAGGAUGUGACUCUAUUCAUCCAGCAACUAAUGCGGGAAAGAGGAGAGCACAUUCCUCCUGAAGAUUCACUUGAAGUUGCUCGAAAAAUCAAGGAAUCUUAUUGCUACACUUGUUCUGAUAUUGUCAAGGAAUACAAUAAGCAUGACAAGGAACCAGCAAAGUACAUUAAGCAAUGGAAAGGCAUCAAACCUAAGACUGGAGCAUCUUACACUUGUGACGUUGGAUAUGAACGAUUUCUUGGUCCUGAGGUUUUCUUCAGCCCGGAGAUAUACAGCAGUGAGCUCACAAGCUCUCUACCUGAAGUAAUUGAUAAGUGUAUUCAGUCUGCACCAAUUGAUACAAGAAGAGCAUUGUAUAAGAAUAUAGUGCUUUCUGGAGGAUCAACCAUGUUUAAGGAUUUCCACAGAAGAUUACAGCGUGAUGUAAAGAAGAUUGUCGAUGCUCGGGUCCUUGCAUCUGAUGGUCGAGUCAGUGAUGAAAUCAAAGCAAAACCAGUGGAAGUCAAUGUAGUUAGUCACCCUAUUCAAAGGUAUGCAGUUUGGUUUGGAGGCUCUGUACUUGCGUCGACACCUGAAUUUUUUCCGGCUUGUCAUACAAAAGCAGAAUACGAGGAAUAUGGAGCAAGCAUAUGUCGAACUAAUCCUGUUUUUAAGGGAAUGUAUUGAUAGAGAGGCCCAUUUGAGCUGAUGAUUCUGGAAGCAUUUGUUGUAUUGUUACAGAUUGAAAGGCUUGUGGUUCCUUGGGCCACUAAAGGGAAACACCGCUUGGCUUUCGUGUAUAUAUACAGGAUAGCCCUCAGGAGGUACUGUGCAAUUUUGUUUCAACUCAUGUGAUUUUCUUCUUCCAUUCUUCUGGUAAAGAGCAAAUGUAUUUGGAGCCUUGAUAUACAAUGCCUCAGCUGUGGAUGGAUCUAGUUGAGAAAUGAUUUGGCAUCCGUCAAGGGACUGACAAUUUAUGUUUUUAGCAUAGUUUAGUCAAUUCCCUUCUUUUUGUCAUUGUGAUUAUUCCAUCAUAGUGUAGGGUGGCCAAUUUAUUUUAGAUUCAACUGCUGAUGUGUAUUGCAGUUGGACUUUUUUUGGAUACUAGAUAAAAAAAUCAAUUCUAGGGGUCUUAAUUGUAAAUGUUGAUAACUGUUCUCCAGUAAUUCUUUUUUAUUUAUUUUUUGGAUUCCUGUCACUCUUUAACAUUUAAGUUAAUGAAAUAAGAUAUGUCAUGUUCUGUCA